AUGGCCGCCCCGCUGUCUGACCCACGCCCGGUGCUUGGAGCGUCGCCGUCCGCGGCCCCCAGCCUGCUCCUGCUCCUGCUCCUCCUGCCCCCCGCCCAGGCUGCAGCCGUGGCCCACAGACGCCCCCUGAGCGAGGCCGGCGCCUUGAACCCCCACGUGGCCUGUGGCCAUCGUUACAUACAGGGGAAGAUUGUGGGGGGCAUGGAUGCCCUGGAGGGGAAGUGGCCAUGGCAGGUCAGUGUGCACUACAGAGGCUUCCACAUCUGUGGAGGGACCAUCAUCGACGAGUACUGGAUCCUGUCGGCAGCCCACUGCUUCGAUAGGGACAAGAACAUUGAGGCGUUUGAUAUAUAUGUGGGCCUGGUGGACCUCAGGUUUGUAGGCAAUCACACCCAGUGGUUUGAGGUGAACAAGGUGAUCUUGCACCCUACAUAUGAAGUGUACCACCCUGUUGGAGGUGACAUCGCCCUGGUGCAGCUGAAAUCUCGCAUUGUGUUUUCUGACUCUGUGCUCCCUGUCUGCAUCGCACCCCCAGAUGUGAACCUUCAUAAUGUUACUUGCUGGUCUACAGGAUGGGGACUCAUCUCCCCACAAGGCCGCGUCCCAGAGAAGCUGCAGGAGGUACGCGUGCCUCUGAUCUCAUUGCCCCUGUGCCAGCUGCUCUACGGACACCUGUCACACGUUAUGUCGGACAUGCUGUGCGCCGGGGACAUCUGGAACGUGAGGACCGUGUGUGAGGGUGACUCUGGGGGUCCGCUCGUCUGUGACUUCAACCACACCUGGUUGCAGGUUGGAGUCGUGAGCUGGGGCCGUGGUUGCACAUACCCUGUGUAUCCUGCAGUUUAUGCCCGGGUCUCCUAUUUCUCAAAGUGGAUCCAUUACUACAGAGAGCACACACCCCUGCCUUCUCAGCCGCUCCCCGCCCUCUCCCUCAUGGUGGGGGCCACCGUCAGCGUCCCUGUGACCAUGCUGGCUGUCCUGUCAAUGUUGUGA